AUUUGAGGCUUAUCUUAACACAUUGUAGAGACUGAAAUGAAGACGCCAGUCCUCCGAGCUAUACAUUUGGUAUUUUUUUUAUUCUACCCUAUUCAGUCCAACUCAGAGGCAAAUUGUAAACUCUGGAAGGAAUUAGACUUGACUGUUGUGCACAAGGAGGGUGAUGUAAUUCUCGCAGGCAUGUUUCCUAUUCAUUCCAAAGGCAUUGACCAGGAGUUAAAUUUUAGGAAUCAGCCAGACCAGAGGAAAUGUUGGGGGUUUAACAUGCGCGUUUUCCGCUGGUCUCAGGCAAUGAUUUUCUUCAUUGAAGAGAUCAACCGGAACCCCACUCUUCUCCCAAACAUCACACUGGGCUAUAGAUUGUAUGACACAUGUGGGCUGAUAGCGCUGUCUCUUAGGACUGCAUUGUCUGUAGUUUCUCAACCCAUGAAGAGGAGUAGCUCAGAGAUGUGCUCUUCCCCGAGCAUCCCCAUCAUUAUUGGGGACUCUGGAUCCACUCUGUCAAUGGCCAUUUCCAGACUCCUCAACCUUUUCCAUAUCCCGCUGGUGAGUUAUUUUGCUUCAUGUGCUUGCCUGAGUAAUAAGCAUCAGUUCCCUUAUUUUUUUCGCACAAUUCCCAGUGAUGUAAAUCAGGCAAAUGCUCUUGCUCGUUUGGUGAAGCACUUUGGAUGGACCUGGGUGGGCACAGUCGGGGCCGAUGAUGCUUAUGGCCGCACCGGCAUAGAUCUUUUCACCGCUGCAGUGACACAGUUGGGUGUAUGUGUGUCUUAUAGAAUAAUCAUACCCAAACUGCCAACUCAACAACAGUUGCAAGACAUAGUCAGGACAAUUCGUGAUUCUUCAGCUCAUGUGUUGGUGGCUUUUGCUAUUGAAGAGGAUAUCAAGCCAGUAGUUGAUGAAAUAGUCUUGCAGAAUGUGACCGGGAAGCAGUGGGUUGCCAGUGAAGCGUGGGUGACAUCCACUCUUAUCUCCACUAAAGAAAACUUUCCCUCACUUAGUGGCACCAUUGGGUUUGCUAUUCGCCGAGCUGAGAUACCUGGCCUCAAACAUUUCCUUGACAGCAUACAGCCCCUAGCUGACCCAUACAAUGUCUUUGCAAGAGAGUUCUGGGAAACCCAGUUUCAGUGCACAUUAAACACAAGUCUUCCCACUUCAUCCACAAUGGAUCCAGUAAAUUAUAGCCACAGCUGUACUGGCAUGGAGAGAAUGCAGGACACUCAGAGCAUCUUUAAUGAUGUGUCUCAGCUCAGAGUGACAUAUAACAUGUACAAAGCUGUCUACACUGUGGCACAUGCACUACAUAAUCUGCUUCUGUGUCAAAGAGAGCAUAGAUCUGCCUUGACACAGCAGUGUCCUGAUAUCCACAAUCUGCAGCCCUGGCAGGUAAUUGAGGUCCUGAGAAAAGUGAAUUACACAAACAUGUUUGGAGAUCUCAUCUACUUUGAUGAAAAUGGAGACCCUGUUGGAUCAUAUGACAUAGUGAACUGGCAAAAAGGGGGAGAUGAUGUGCCAGUACAGUAUAUUACAGUGGGUCGCUUUGACUCCUCUUUACCCAAAGGACAACAAUUAGUGCUGAACCAGAACAAAAUCGUCUGGCAUGGGGGAACAAACAAGGUGCCAGUGUCUGUAUGCUCUGCUAGCUGUCCACCAGGGUACAGAAAGGUUAGACUUGAGGGUCAGCCUGUGUGCUGCUAUGACUGUAUGCUUUGUGCAGAGGGGAGUAUCAGCAACACAACUGAUCAAGCUGAAUGUUUGCUUUGCCCUGAAGACUUCUGGUCCAACAAGCAUCGCAACUAUUGUGUUCCAAAGGAGAUUGAGUUCCUUUCAUACUUGGAGGCUUUCGGUAUGGUCCUGGCAGCUAUUGCCAUAUUGGGUGCAGUUGCUGCAAUAAGUGUUGGUGUGGUCUUCUUCCGUCAUCGUGACACACCCCUUGUUCGUGCUAAUAACUCAGAAUUGAGCUUUUUGUUGUUGAUUUCUCUCACUCUCUGUUUCAUAUGUGCACUAACCUUUCUUGGUCAGCCAUCACACUGGGCAUGCCCUCUUAGACGUAUUUCUUUUGGCUUAACUUUUGCCCUCUGCCUAUCUUGUCUCCUCAGUAAGACCCUAGUGGUUCUUAUUGCUUUUAAAUCCACACUGCCAGGUAACAACACAGCUCGUUGGUUUCGCCCCCCUCAACAAAGAUUGGGUGUGUUUAUUUGCUCACUCCUACAGGGUGGUGUCUGCAUAGCUUGGCUGACCACAGCAUCCCCGUAUCCAGUGAAGAACACAUGGCUAUAUCGCGACCGGAUUAUUUUAGAAUGUCAUCUGGGUUCAGUUGUUUAUUUCUGCUGUGUGUUGGGUUACAUUGGGUGCUUAGCUGCCUUUUGCUUCAUUUUAGCCUUUUUAGCUAGAAAACUGCCUGAUAAUUUUAAUGAAGCCAAAUUCAUCACAUUCAGUAUGCUUAUUUUCUGUGCUGUUUGGAUUACAUUUAUCCCAGCUUAUGUCAGUUCCCCAGGGAAAUUUACCGUUGCUGUGGAGAUAUUUGCAAUUUUAGCGUCUAGUUAUGGUGUUCUUUUGUGUAUUUUUGCACCUAAGUGUUAUAUCAUUAUUUUCAUGCCGGAAAAGAAUUCUAAAAAGUAUCUCAUGACCCAAAAAUAAUGUACUGCUCUAAGUCAUGUCUACUAAUGUUUGUCAACAUGUAUGUGUUUACAUUUGUAGGUGUGUGUAAUAACACUUAUUAUUAUUAUAUAAUAGUAAAAAUAAUAAUGAUAAAUCAUUAUGUAGUAAUAAUAUCGCUUGGCGUGUGACAAAUAUACAUUCAUACAAUGACAGAGAGCACCAGUGUUCCAGUGAAAAACCUUGUUCCAGGCACAACCUUAUUAUCAAACCUAUCAAGAAUUGGCUUGCAAAUUCUAGCAGAACAUAGUAUAAUAUUAUGUGAAAAUAUAAUAUGAUAUAAUCUAAUAUAAUAUAAUAGUAUGAUUUAGCCAUAAUUAUUUGUAUUUAUUUUGUUUUUAUUGCACAUAGUAUUAUGCUACAUAAAUCAUGCACAUAAGUUGUAUGUAUGUAAUGUAAAACUGUAAAUCUCAUUCAUAUUACGAGGUUUGGACCAUCCAAAUUAUCUAAGAUUUCUUUGAAAAAACACAAAAAGUGAUGAUGGAAGUGUGUGGAACAUAGGAGGACUUUGAGUCUACACAAAAUUGUCUAUAAUUUAUAGACAAAACAUCUAUAAUUAAUUUAAUAAGAUAGCAAAAUAAUAGCUGAAACAUAUUUGAAGUUUUUUAAAGUAUCUUUGUCAUUAGGACUGUGUAAUGCUUUGCAGUGCUAUGUUCAAUUCACACUGUCAAAAUUAAACAAAUGAAAAAUGCA